AUGGCCGUACCGCGGAGCCGAAUUCUAGAUCUGGUGAAGACCCAAUGCCGAAUAUUCGCAACAACAUUCAACCCACAACGAUUACGACUUGGAAACAAGAUUUUACGGCAACGACUGAAAGGUCCUGCUCUUGCAGCAUACUAUCCCCGCAAAACCGUCUCCUUCCGUGAUUUACAAGAUACAUACAAACCUCUGGACUUGGAGACUUUUGACGAGGGACAAGACGACCGGGAAGAAGCUAUUCAGAUCGCGAAACUACGCGGCAAAGGACGGCCAAAGAAGAAGAGAACUGCUGCCGAGUCACGAUCAGCCAAAAAGAAGAAAUAA